GAUAACUGGCUCAGAAGGUCUGAAUCCGGUUUAUUUUCAGGAAUCCCUGCCCCAGAACCAAUACACCUCAGCACCUGCUGGCUGAGGCCCGGGAUUCCUUUAUCUGUGAGAAAAAUUCAGGAUUUUCCUUCUUCAACUGGAAUUGAGAGACUUAAAAUGACAGAGUGAGAUAUCACUGAAACUCAUCUGCUAGAGAUUUAUCUAUCAGUCAACAAGUAUAAGUGAUUAUUAUCCAACACCAGCUCCUUUGGAAAGCCAGAGGAUUCAGGGUAGCGGAUGAUGAGCCAAUGGCGAUUGCUGGCAGCUGGAAGUUGAUCUGUGAGCUGGGGAGAGACAGACAUGCUAGACACCCAGAGCUACGUUUUGGAGUGGUUGAUAAAGCAAACCUGUGAAGUAAUUAUAAUUUCCACUCUGGAAAAUUCCACGGAAACCAAGGCUCAAGAAGACAAAGUAACUUGCCCAUAGUCACGUAACCUGCAGGUGUUGGAGCUGGAUUUCAGAAACUCUGCUAUGAACAAACUACUUCAUAAGGCAGUGGACCUGGAUCAACACCCCAAUUCCACCAUGCCAGCUGCUAGAUGAACCACCCUGUGCAUGUCCUGUCACCUCUCUUCAUUUCACCCAUAAAGUCUGUUGAACAAUACCUCCCUCACAGAGUUGUUGAGGAAUUUAAAUGAAAUAAAAUUAUGUAAUAUGCCUGAGACCAAAAGACAGUCCACCUGAGAGAGUCAGCCUACCAGGCCUCUUUGCCAGAGCCCCUUGCUUCUCGCUCUCUCCUCCCUGGGGGGCUCAAGCACCAGAGCACUGGGACCAGCAAGGGAAGGGGCAAAGUGGCAUGGGGAAGCAGAUGGCCUCAGGGAGGUGCAGAGGUUGAAACCCUAGACCCAGCAGAUCUCAGUAAGGAGCACAGUGCGAUGGCUGAAGUGUCACAGCCCACAAAGGCCACACCCUGGGAGUGGUGUAGGUGACACAGUGAGAAUAUUCCUUCUGUGUGUGGGAGGCAGAGCAGGGCUCCUGGGGUGCUGUCUCUUUCUCUGUGUGGCUCAGAGGCUUGUGAGAACAGCUGGUGACAGUGCAGCUCAUGUGCAGCUGCUGUCCUGUCAGUCUGCCUCUACAUACUCACUGACGCCAUGGGAACCAUUGAGGGGCACCUGCUGGCUGCAGCAUUCUUCCUCUUCUACGCACUCUACUAUUCAGUGCUAGUGUCCCUGGCUCUGCUACGGGGACAGAGGGUCCUCAAGCCACCUCUUCCCCCAAGGGAAAAACAAGGACACAGGCUGUGGCAGCGGGUACCACUGGAAGGAAUGGUGAAGGUGGUGAUUACUCUCACUGGCAUCUUAACUGAGUUCUUCUACCCACCAGGGAUAAACCGGAUGAAGAUGGUGGACUGGGAGGACCCCCAGCGGCCAUUCAUGUUCACGGAUGCCUGGCACCACAUUACCAUGUACUUGUUCUUCAUGCUCAGUGGCGUGGUGGACAUUGUCAGCCAGCUGUGUCUGGCUCAGCAGAGCAGGAAGCUGGAGCGAGCCGCUGAGGCCAUGGCCUUCUAUGUGCUGGUGCUGCUGAUGAUAGCCCACCUUGAGAAUAAGAGCACCCUGGAGAUCCGGGUGCACGUUCUGUUCCUGGUGCCCACCUUCCUGGUAGCCCUGGUGCUCAACAUCGAGGUCUGGGUCCCUGACCAGCCUCCGCUCUGGGUGCUCAAGACCUGGAUGGGAAUGGUGCUCAGCACUUGGAUGCUGCAGUUAUCUGUGGUGAUGUACAGUCCUCCUUCUGGACAACCCUGGAAGGCAGACAACCCCAAGGAUAUGACUUUCCUUUCCAUCUUCUUCUGCUGGCACCUGGGCUUAGGGGCUGCUCUGCUGGCUGCCAUCUAUGGCCUCUGCAGCCUCUGGCAUCACCACUGCUCCUCCCGGACAGCGACCCUGGAUCCCAGUUACCAGCCGUGCCCCACAGAAUCCAAUGGUGGAGAGCUAGACAAGCUCAGAGCAGAGGCCAUGCUGUAGGAUGCAGGUAUCUAGGUACUGAAACUGUCUUUCUCCCAUGCAUAUUGUAAUGAGAACUUCAAGGGAGGCCACUGCAUGGAUAGCACAGAAAUGUCCUGGAAUCUAAAGUAUGGCUUUCCAUCCCAGGGGCCAUCUUCCUUGUUCUGAAAUAAACCUUUCAGCCCCAAGAAUAGCUUCUUACCUAUCAUUCUGUUCUCCCCAGGUGAGUCCCUUGGCUGUUCCAUUAUUCAUAUGGUUCCUGGCCAUGCACACCUAUGAAGUGUGAACGAGCAGUAGUGCUUCUCUCUAAUAGCUUUUGGGAUUCAAGGGGAGGAUGUGAAGUGAGGAAAUAGGAAACAGGUGAAGGAGGGUGAGUGGGGGUCUGGGGAGGAUUCAGGCGUGUGCCUAUUGCAGAAGUGUUUCAGUGGAUGAAAGACAGAGGGGUCUGUUUCUGCACAAUGGUGAGAUGUUUUCUUCCUUUCUCUCUCUAUUUUUUUUUAAUUCACAUUAAAUGUAGCAGGAUAAAUAAUUUGUAUGUCUUUUUUUUUUUUUAACUUGAACUAAAUGAGGCUACUUCUGUCUCCUGAGAGAGUAAGGGAUGAGAGUUCAGUGGCAAGGAGGAAGCGGAGAUGAUCAAAUUAGCACAGUCUCAAGUGGUGAGGGGAAAAAAAAGGUCAAGGAGGAAUUCCCAAAGGUGGUUAUUAAAAAUUAGGAUGAUUUAAAUGUAAUUUUUUUUAAGUUUUUUUUUUCUUUUUGCUAUGAUGUAAAACAACUUUAUUAUUCCAACUCCUUCAGUAAAGUCUCUUACACAUAUUA